UUUGAAUAACUCUAAACCUAAAUGAAAUCUAAUCAUAGCCGAAACAUUAGUAACGACUCGAGUGGAGAGAAGCAGAGAUAUAACGAACAGUCCCAGAACAGUUUUGAGGGAUCUAACAGUAAGCCUCAGCAGAUGCAAGUGAACGUCUUUGGGGAGAACAAAAAUGAUGAGCAGAGCAGCCUAGAUGAUGCCAUGUACAAGAAGAUCUACAACAAACUUCUUGCAGAGAAGAAUAAGCGGAAUCCAUCAGUUAAGAAGAACUGGGGAGCUGAUGAAAUUAAGCUACUGGAGUAUGCUGUGAAUACUUACUUAAAGAAAAAGAAGCAUUCUGCUGAUAAACUAACAACUCAUGAUUGGAAGGAGAUCGCUAACUUCAUUCCAGGGAGGACUGAGAGUCAGUGUCUUUAUAAAUGGAACCUUACCCAGCAUAAAGUAAGUUUCAGGAAGUCCACUUGGCAUGGCAAUGAAGAUAAAAUAUUAAAAGAAUUAGUUAAGAGGCAUGGCAAAAAGCAUUGGCAAAAAAUCGCAAAUGAGCUUAAUGAAAGAAUGGGCCCAGAUAGUAAAAGAGCUGGGAAGCAAUGCAGAGAGCGCUGGCUAAAUCAUCUUGAUGACAGAAUUAUCAAAGGGCCAUGGUCAUUCAGUGAAGACCUUAUCCUAUUGACUAAGCAAAAGAUCAUAGGGAACAAAUGGUCUGAUAUUGUUCAAUACCUGCCUGGAAGAACAGAAAAUAUGGUGAAGAAUAGGUUCAACACAAUCGCUAAACAGAAGAGAGAAGAGAAAAGAAAUAAUAGCCGUAAGAAACUUGAUGACAUUAUUGGAGGCCUUGAAGAAGAAAAGCAAGUUGAAGAGAAAGAUUCUUGGAUAGAUGAGAAAAUUAAAGAGCUCCAAGAAGCCAUUGAAAGAAAGGAAGAUGAUCCUGCUGAUAAUACUAAUCUUUCUAAAAUCUCUGAAGAGACAAAAGAAAAGAAAUCUAAAAUGAAUAAAAGGAAAGCUAAGAAUCUUCAAAAUCCUUCUCAAAAUGGAGUAGCAGCAACAGAAAAGCCUGGAUCUCAAUACUCAAAUGUUGUAUUUGACAAAUAUGAUAAAAAUAACGAACAAAGAAGAAUUAUAGAGUCAACACCUCAGCAAUAUUAUCUAAGUAAAAGGCAGGACUCUGAGUUCUCCUUAAGAGGUUGUCAGUCUCCUAUUGAUGGAUUUCCACAAAGAAGGUUGCCUCAGAGUUCAAAUAUUGGCAGUAUGUUUGAGACUCCAAAGAAUGCCUCUCCAAAUCUUCGUAAGCUAAACGACAUCUGCGCAACUAUGAACCAAGAAGAGAGGUACAUUAACAUAUCUCCUUUGAACCCUCCAAGAAUUAUUGAGCAAAGAUCUCCAAUUCCUCGAGACACUCCAAAAACACAGCAAUUUCAAAGAAGUAUAACCGACUUGCUCAGUCUCCCAACAGACAGUAGUGGAGAACUUCAAAGACUUCACAAGCUUAAAAGUAUUUUAGAGGAGUUCACUAAAUGCAGUGAAGUACAGAAAGAAAAGUUUUUAUUUGCUAUUGAUGGGCUUAUUAGUCAGAAAAGCCUUGCUCAAAUGGAAAAGAAGACAAUAAAAAGUGACAGUGGAUCCAAGACCUCAGUCAUGAACUUGAAUAAUAGUUUCAAAUCAAUGGAGAACUUGAAAGAAAAGCCUUUAAAGCCUACCGCUUCAAAUAAGUCUACUAAAAAUAUUAAGAAUUCUCUGUUCACUAUGAUUAAGGAAGAGAAGGAUAAGAAAGAUGAAAAACCUAUAGAGAAAGAAAUUAAGCCUGAACCUAAAAAGGAAGCACAAGAUUUUCAAAAGCCUCAAGUGAAUACUAUCUCAGAGGCAAAGCAGCAAGACAAUAAUUUAUUCCAGAAGCCAGUACAGACUCCUACAGGAGGGAUGGGAUACAACCUAACACCUGGUUAUGAGAAUAACAUCAGAAGUACCUACGACUCAAUGGUCCCUUCUAUGUAUGCUUCUGGUAUGUUCGAGCAAGGGACUCCUUCCAGAGCGAUGAACGAUUUUUCCUCCACAAAUUUCCCUCAAAUGAUCCCAAGAUCGCCUUAUCUCCAAUCUCCUUCCCCUGCAUUCAGAAAUUUCAGUGGUAGAAUUGGUAUGGAGACUCCUCAGGCUGGAAUGCGUAAUGUUUGGGAAAAAGGUCAAUUCAAUCUCAGUGAAAUGAACUCACCAUUACUAAACUAUGCAGGUAAAAGGGAGCCAAAUACACCAUAUCAGGGCCCAGAGAGCCAUAUGUUCAAGAAGAACUAGUCUGUAUACCCUCUAAAGUUCCUUUCUCAAGGAUCCCUUUCA